UCGCCAUCCGAAACUCUGCAAGAAGUUCCAGAGCCACCGAGCCCUGAUAACAAUGAACCCGCAGGUGCAGAGCAACCCCGGAGGUCCGGCAGAAUCCGGAAUUCGCCGAAGUAUUUAUCCGAUUAUAUCUGGCCCGGGUGAAUGUGGUGAACCUCUUUACUCAUAACAUUUAUUAUUUUUCCAUCCUACAUGCCUAAUUCAUAUUGUCAUUCACAUACGUCAUGUUUUGCUAAUUAAAACCUACAGACUAGGUUUUGCCUAUUAUUUCAGAUAGGCGCUUUUAAAAAUUUGUAUAUAAUAUGUUUUUCGCCACAGAAUAAAUAAUAGUACUAGGUACAGAAGACUCACUCUCAAACAAAACGCAUCUGUUACGAUCAGCACAGAUAUGGCCGCUAGGUGGCGACAGCGCCACGCGCGGCUUAUGGUUUUCCCCAAAAUUGUUGUGGAACGGAUGUACUUUUAGCUACCUGUAGCAAAGCGACUAAAUCGCGACGCCUGUUUUCGCUUCCAACUCUUAUGAACAAAGGGGUAUACGAUUGGUUAAUAUAAAAAAAAUAGAGAUACAUCUGUGCAGAUAUGUGUGUGAUAGGUAUUCACUAUCGCGCGGCAAACAUACUAUUAGGUAAUCUAAUUUUUUGUUACAUGUUGUACGAUUAGACAAGGCUAUCAAAUAAAUAAAAACUUGAUUGCCUUGUAUGCCUUCUUCCUUAUUUUGUACUUUUAUUGAUUCUAACUCAGUUCUACUUUGUGUUACAAGCAGUAAACAUGAUUCUUGUACUAGUAGCGUUAUUGGUAAUCCUUGUAUACUAUUUCGGUACUCGGAACCACGACUACUGGGCCAAGAGGAACGUCAAGCACGACCCGCCCGUGUUCCUAUUCGGAAACAACUUCAAGGGCUUCUUCGGACGAAAAAGCUUUACAGAGAUAGCCAACGACUUAUACAACCGGUUCCCUAACGAGAGAGUUGUCGGUUACUACAGGGGAUCCACUCCCGAGCUGUACAUAAGAGACCCAGAUAUAGUGAGGAAUAUAUUAAGCAAUGACUUCGCAUAUUUCUAUCCACGGGGCCUCGGCAGGAAACCGGAGGUGGAGCCGUUGCUGGCGAAUCUGUUCCACGCAGACGGCGACCUGUGGAAGCUGAUGCGGCAGCGGCUGACGCCGGCGUUCACCACCGCGCGGCUGAAGGCGAUGUUCCCGCUGGUGGUGCGGUGCGCGGAGCGGCUGCAGGGCGUGGCGCGCGAGGCCGCGGCCCGCCCCGGCGCCUGCGACGUGCGCGAGCUCAUGGCGCGCUUCACCACCGAGUUCAUCGGCGCCUGCGGCUUCGGUGUCGAGACCGACUCCCUUGUCAACGAAGACUCCCAUUUCAGAAAGAUCGGCAGGCUCAUGUUUUUCAGACCGAUCCCGGUCGUACUAAAGCUUAUGAUGUGGGAACUUUUCCCUCCGCUAAGAUCCUUCAUUCAUGUAUUUGAUCGAAAACUCGAUGCAUCUCUUUUUGAUUUCGUAAAUAAUAUAAGAGAUGUUAGGCAAUGCAAGCCCUCCGGACGCCAUGAUUUCAUAGACCUGCUCCUGGAAUUAGAAGUCAAGGGAAAGAUCGUAGGAGAAUCAAUUGAGCACCGGAACCCGGACGGAACGCCUGUGACUGUGGACAUGGAAAUGGAUUUGAAAAUGAUGGUAGCCCAAGUGUUUAUAUUCUUCGGCGCGGGUUUUGAGACGUCCUCGUCGGCCACAAGUUAUACUUUGCACCAACUCGCGUUUAAACCUGAAUUACAAUUAAAAAUACAAUUGGAGAUCGACGAAGUUCUAAAGAAAUAUGAUAAUAAAUUGUGCUACGACGCCGUGGCGGAAAUGACGCUACUGAGCAUGGCUUUCAAAGAGGCACUAAGAAUGUUUCCGUCGCUAGGCGUGCUGAACCGCAAGUGCGCUCGACCUUACACGUUCCCUGAGCUGGGGCUGACCGUGGACCCCGGAGUGAAGAUCGUGGUGCCGGUGGAGGCCCUACAGAACGACGAGAAAUACUUCGACAACCCGCGGGAUUUCCAACCUGAGCGGUUCACUCCUGAGGAAGUGAAGAAGCGACACAAAUACGUAUAUUUACCCUUCGGCGAUGGACCCAGGGCGUGUAUAGGGUUGCGUCUCGGAGAGAUGCAGUCGCUGGUUGGCCUAGCAGCGGUCUUGCAAGUAUGCAGCGUAGCACCAGCGCCGACCACAAGACGGGUGCCGCCUGUGGACCCGACGUCUAAUGUCGUGCAGACCGUGAGAGGCGGGCUGCCGGUCCAGCUCACAGUCAGGCAAUGAUCGGCUUCUGAAUCUUAACUACAGAUGCGCAAGUUGCUGAUUAGUUUCGAAAACGUUAGAAAUAUUCUCGGAAAUUUCAGGAAUAUUGCGCAGGAAACAAAGGAAUUUUGGAAGUGGAAAAUUUCGAUUCCCAUACGAAAAUAUGUUUCCGAAAUUUUUCCAUCUGGAAAUGUCGCUAUUUUGCUAACUUUCUGUUGGCAAAUCAGUAGGCAAAACAAUGUCAAUCAGGCCGAAUGAAUACAGUAAAAUUAUACAUUUAGCGUUUGCGUCAAAUCCGGUAGUUCUGAUUUUUUGCAGACUUAUUUACGAUGUUGGUCCAAUGAAUAAUCCAAGUUGGUGACCUCGAGCGCCGAACGCAACUUUUUCAAAAAUCGAACAACCUGCGAAAAUUUCGGUUUUUGUUUAGUUUUGGGCGCUUCUAACCCUAAAGAACUAGUUUCUGAUAGUACCUUCCUUAGACGUUUU